AUGGGAGUCCCUGCCUUUUUCCGCUGGCUCAGCAGAAAGUACCCGUCCAUCGUUGUGCACUGCGUGGAGGAGAAGGGGAAGGAGUACAAUGGCGUCCGCAUCCCUGUGGACACUACGCGACCAAAUCCAAACGAAGUGGAGUUUGACAACCUGUACCUGGACAUGAAUGGUAUCAUCCACCCCUGCACUCACCCAGAGGACAAACCGGCUCCAAAGAACGAGGACGAGAUGAUGGUGGCCAUCUUUGAGUACAUAGACCGUCUGUUCAACAUUGUGCGGCCCAGAAGAGUGCUCUACAUGGCCAUUGACGGAGUGGCCCCACGAGCCAAGAUGAACCAGCAGAGAUCCAGGAGGUUCAGAGCGUCGAAGGAGGGAGUGGAGCUGACCGAGGAGAAGAACCGCAUGAGGGAGGAGGUGAUCCAGAGAGGUGGAUAUCUUCCCCCAGAGGAAGUCAAAGAGCGCUUCGACAGUAACUGCAUCACUCCGGGCACAGAGUUUAUGGAUAACCUCGCUCAGUGUCUGCGUUACUACGUGGCCGACCGACUCAGUAACGACCCAGGCUGGAAGAACGUCACGGUCUUGCUGUCAGAUGCCAGUGUUCCAGGAGAAGGAGAGCAUAAGAUCAUGGACUACAUCCGCAGACAGAGAGCUCAACCGAACCACGACCCCAACACUCACCACUGUCUGUGCGGCGCCGACGCUGACCUCAUCAUGCUGGGACUGGCCACACAUGAACCAAACUUCACCAUAAUCAGAGAAGAGUUCAAACCCAACAAACCACGACCCUGCGCCCUCUGCGGACAGAUGGGACACGAGCUGAAAGAGUGCACGGGGGCGGCCCGAGAGAAGCAGGGAGAGCACGAUGAGUUUGCCAACACGAUGCCCGUGUCGGAGCAGGAGUUCAUCUUUAUCCGGUUGUGUGUUCUCAGAGAGUACCUGACGCGGGAGCUCACCAUGUCCAGCCUACCGUUCCCCUUUGACUUCGAACGGUCUGUGGACGACUGGGUUUUCAUGUGUUUCUUUGUGGGGAACGAUUUCCUGCCACAUCUGCCCUCACUGGAAAUCAGAGAGGGCGCCAUUGACCGACUGGUGGGAAUCUACAAAGACGUGGUGCACAAGACUGGGGGGUACCUGACACAGAAUGGUUUUGUGAACCUGGAGCGCGUUGAGCUGAUCAUGCAGGCGGUGGGCGUGGCCGAGGACAACAUCUUCAGGAAGCGCAAAGAUGACGAUGAGAGUUUCAAGAGAAGAAUGAAGGACAAGAAGAAGAGGAUGAAGGCCGAGCAGCAGCGUCCCUCCUUCCUCUCCUCUGGACAGUUCGCUCCUCAGGCUCUGGGACGAGGAGGUCGUCCUGAGCCGGUCCACAACGCCCGUCACCAGGCCUUCAACAUGAGGGUGCAGAACAUGGACGCAGCACAAUCCCUGAAGGCCAUGAUGAAGAAUGGAGGGAAUUCCGCUGGUCCGUCUGCAGACAGAGGAAUGAAGAGGAAGGCUGAGGACAGCGACAGUGAGCCCGAGCCAGAGGACAACGUCAGACUGUGGGAGGACGGUUGGAAACAGAGAUACUACAAAACCAAAUUUGACGUUGACGCAACAGACGAUGAGUUCAAGAAGAAAGUGGUGAAGUCAUACGUGGAGGGGCUCUGCUGGGUGCUGCGCUACUACUACCAGGGCUGUGCCUCCUGGAAGUGGUACUUUCCGUUCCACUACGCUCCGUUUGCCUCAGACUUCAAAGACAUUAAAGACAUGUUCACUGAGUUCGAGACAGACACCAAACCGUUUAAGCCUCUGGAGCAGCUGAUGGGAGUCUUUCCUGCAGCCAGUGGAAAUUUUCUGCCCCAGACCUGGAGGAACCUGAUGUCCAACCCUGAGUCAUCCAUCAUAGACUUCUAUCCAGACGACUUUGCCAUCGACCUGAACGGGAAGAAAUAUGCCUGGCAAGGAGUGGCGCUGCUGCCAUUUGUGGACGAGCGCAGACUGAGGGCAGCUCUUGCGGAUGUGUAUCCAGAGCUGACACAGGAGGAAAUGAAGAGGAACAGUUUGGGCAGCGACGUCCUGUUUCUGGGGAAAUCUCACCCACUGUUCGACUUUAUACAUGAACUGUACAGGACCGAGACCACAGAGGUCACAGAUAUCCCACCAGAACUGUGCCACGGCAUUCUGGGAAAACUGAAUCUUGACCAGAACCCCAUCCUCCCAGAGAAGACAGUGCAGUCUCCCAUCCCAGCGCUCAGAGACGUGGCACAGAACUCGUCCAUCGGAGUGAGGUUCAGAGACCCAGAGUUUCCUGCAGGGCACGUAUUUAAGGCUGUGAUGCUACCGGGCGCCAAAAUCCCAGCAAACACGCUGAAGCCGGAGGACUUCCAGCAGAGCGGGCGGCAGUGGAGACCUCAGCUCGGAUUCAACCCCAACAGACAGCAGGCUCACCUCGGCCAAUCAGGACAGAGAGCACUCAACCACUCUCUGGGUCGAGGUGGAGGUCAGUACAGCAAUGCGCCCCCCCCAGGAAACUACCAGAACUACAACAGGGGACAGCAACACUAUCCCUCUCCUCGGCAGAGCAGCCUGUUGGGAGAGCCUCCGUAUCAGCAACCGUAUCAGAGACAGUCGUAUGGGGGCGGGGCUCACGGCUGGGGCCGAGCCAAUCAGAACCAGCACAAUGCGUACCAGCAGAACUCCAACAGGGGGCACUCUCAAGGAGGAUACCAGCAGCAGCAGCAGCAGCAGCAGCAGUACGGCCAGUACAACCAGAGAGGAGGAGGAGGGGGAGGAGGGCAGGGCUAUAACACUGGACGUGGUGGAUACCCAGCUCCCCCUCCAUCCAGACGAUACAACUGA